UAUGUGGUUCUUUUGGUGAAGAAAUCCGCCAACAUGGGUCGUAUGCACGCUCCUGGUAAGGGUAUUUCCCAGUCAGCUCUUCCCUACAGAAGAAGCGUACCAACCUGGCUCAAGCUUACACCAGAAGAUUGUAAAGAGCUGAUCUACAAACUAGCAAAGAAGGGUCAUACUCCAUCACAAAUUGGUGUUAUCCUAAGAGACUCGCAUGGAGUUGCACAGGUGCGUUUCCGUACAGGAAAUAAGAUCUUAAGAAUUGUCAAGAGCAUGGGACUGGCUCCUGAUCUACCUGAGGAUUUAUACUAUCUUAUCAAGAAGGCAGUGGCCAUCCGUAAACAUCUGGAGCGUAACCGCAAAGAUAAGGACAAUAAAUUCCGUCUUAUCUUAGUUGAGUCCAGGAUCCACAGGCUUGCAAGGUAUUACAAGACAAAGGGUUCUCUGCCACCCAACUGGAAAUACGAAAGCUCCACAGCCAGUGCUCUUGUGGCUUAAUUUUAUAUCAUUAUAAUUCAAUAAAAUAUUAUAUUUA